CACUAUUUCUGAAAUCGCCAGUACAGAAGAAAUUACAACUCCCGACAACACUGUCAACUUUGAAGCAAAAAUCUACCCACACAAAAUCAAUCUCGUUCUUCCCUCGCAAUUUUACACCAAAAACCUAUCGACGUGGAAUUUUAACUUGAAAUUUUCGUCAUUUAAUAUUAUCAAACCGUCAUCAUGUUGGAGGCACGAUUAGAACAGGCCCAGAUCCUGAAGAAGGUGGUGGAUUCUAUCAAGGAUCUAGUACAGGACUGCAAUUUCGAUUGCAAUGACUCCGGCAUUGCACUUCAAGCUAUGGACAACUCUCACGUCGCCCUUGUGUCCAUGAUGCUGAAGGCCGAGGGAUUCUCUCCCUAUCGAUGCGAUCGUAACAUUGCCCUCGGCGUCAACUUAGUCUCCCUUACCAAAGUUCUACGUGCCGCACAGAAUGAAGAUAUCUUAACUCUGAAGGCUGAAGACGCGCCCGACUCCCUCAACCUAGUCUUCGAGAGCAGCGAGAAUGAUCGUAUUAGCGAGUACGAUCUGAAGCUUAUGGAUAUCGACCAGGAGCACCUUGGUAUCCCCGAGACGGAGUACGCAGCCACAAUUUCCAUGCCUUCCUCAGAAUUCAGACGCAUCUGCACCGACUUGAUGGCUAUGUCUGAAUCGGUCACCAUCGAUGCAAGCAAGGAUGGUGUCAAGUUCUCUUGCAAUGGCGACAUCGGCAACGGUGCUGUCACCCUCCGAAGCCACCAAAACGUUGACAAGCCCGAGCUCAACAUCGACAUUGAGCUCUCCGAACCGGUCGGCCUAACAUUCUCUCUUAAAUACUUGGUUAACUUCUGCAAGGCUCAAGCUCUGUCCAGCACCGUCAAGAUCUGCUUGUCCAACGAAGUGCCUCUCUUGGUGGAGUAUGGUCUGGCUGGUAGCAGUUUUCUGAGAUUCUAUCUCGCACCAAAGAUUGGUGACGAGGAGUAAUGGUUUAAAGCAACGGAACAUAAUGAAUGUUAUGAUAAUACCACAUCGGCAGGAGAAAAUAGCGGGUUAGUUAUGAGACUUGCUUGCAGAUUACUCGUGGCUAUGAGAUGGAUACGAAUGCAUUCAG